AUGAAUGAAGAUAUGAAAAAACAAAUAAAAGCAUUUGAAAAAUUAAAUGAAACAAAUCAUAAAUUUACAACAAGUACGACUGUAACUGUAUUCAAAGAUCCACAAUUAAUGACUUUACAGGAACAACAUGAAUGGCAACGUUGUGAAUUAUUUCGAAGAUACGAACAGUUAUUACCAAAUAAAAUGAUUUCUCCAAUCAUCGCUCAAUCAAUUUGUUCAUCUGCAUCACCAUCAGAACCAACAAAUACACCAUUGCUUAACAAUGAUAAUUAUGAGAAUCAACAAGAUUAUGCACAAAAUGAUGUUAGUGAAGAUUUACGAAUACUUAUUGAACAACGUGUACCAGAUUUAUGUACUCUUGAUGAUGAACCAAUGAAAUAUACAAAUGGUACGAAAUUUUAUUGUACCAUCAAUGAUAUAUUAACAAGUGAUGGUGAAUUUUGGGUUGAACGAGAAUUUUCUCCUGAAAAUGAACGAAAAUUUCAACAAUUUAUUGAUAUUCUUGCAUUAUUUGCUUAUAAUUAUGAAUCAUUAAAAGAAGUUUAUAUUGGUCAAUUAGUUGCAUUAAAUUAUGAAUCUUUAUGGCAUCGAGCAUUAGUAGUAUCAAAAAGUGAAGGAGCAACAGUUACUAAACAACCAAGUGCACGUGUUCGACUUGUUGAUUAUGGUUCAUCAUUAUAUGUUAAUGUUUGUCAACUUAAAUGGUUACCCGAACAAUUUUAUCUAUUUCCUUUUAAAGCAGUUGAAUGUGUUUUUAGCGAAGCUAUAAAACCAACUUUUUCCGAUACAGUUCGCUUGACAUUUAAACAACUUGUAUUACAUAAACGUUUACGUGCUACAGUUUAUGAUAGAGAUGGUACUCGUAUUUGUGUAUUAUUAAAAUGUAAAACUGAAGAAGGUAUUGUUAAUGUUUAUCGUUAUUUACGUGCACAUGAACAUAAAUCAAAACGUGGUCGAAUGCUUGAUGAUGGUGAUAUUGUACAAUGUUUACAUAAUACGAUUUUUAAUAGUACGAAUUCUUUUGAUCAAUCAACAUUAUCAAAUAAAACAAUAAACAAUUCGAUGAAUUUAACAUUACCAAUAUUAUCACCACCAUCACCGAUUAAAUUAACACGUGAUCAACUGGAAAUAAGACGAGAAGAAAUACAGAAAAUCUAUAAAGAAUCUUACGAUGAAGAUAAUAAUAGUAUACAUUCAAGUGAAAGUGGCGGCGGUCGUCUUGCUGUACAAAGUCAUAGAAAAAUGUGUUCGCCAUCACCACAAAGUACGCCAUUUUCAGCUGGUACAAUCAUUACACCCUUACCUCGUUUAUCGUUUUCACAACAGUAA